CACCCAGGGCCUUCGGCCGGCGCUCGUUACCCUGAGAAACCGGUUAGCCAGGCAUGUGCGGGGGCGGUUACGGCUCCCCGCCCGACGACUUAGUGUCUGGGUCUUUCAAGAUGGCGGUGGCGAAGUCCGAGGCCGGCACGACUGCUACCGCCUACUUCCGUACGGCCAGACCCUUGCCCUCGCUGGUCACGGUCCUGGGGCUGGGCUACUUCGCGUGGGUUAUCUUCUGGCCUCAGAGUAUCCCUUAUCAGAGCCUUGGACCCUUGGGCUCCUUCACUCGGUACUUGCUGGACCACCAUCAUACCCUCCUGCACAAUGGGUAUUGGCUUGCCUGGCUGAUUCAUGUGGGAGAGUCCUUGUGUGCCAUGAUAUUGUGCAAGUAA